CUCAUGGCUGCCUGGAACCCGCGCCCUGGAGUCCUGCCCAACCUGAUGUGGAUCAUGGACAGGGUGUUCAAGUUCACCAACUUCGGGAUAGUCAGCGUGUUGCAUGAGGACUUCUUUAUACAAGCGGGCAAGGCCAACCGGGAAAGGUCCCUCGAAGAUCUUCGGCAGCACAUCCACAGAUACUACGUGCCGCUCGGUCGACAGUUCAUGGUUCUGUUCCCGGAGGGGGGUUUCUUGCACAAACGGAGGGAAAUAAGCCAAAGGUUUGCUGAAAAGAACAAUUUACCAAAGCUGGAGUACGUGUCGCUGCCACGAGCUGGUGCCAUGAAGGUCAUCAUGGAAGAGAUCGGCCCCAACAAGAAUAACAUUGCUAGCACCUCUAAGGAUAAUUCUAAGAAAGACGGAAACUUCAACCAAAGCAUCUCGCCCAAGAUCAUCGACAACAAGAUAGGGGACAGCAUCGAGUGGAUCCUGGACCUGACCAUCGCCUACCCUGACAGGGUGCCGCUGCAUCUGCAGGACGUGGUCUGCGCCAUCAGGCCGCCCUGCACCACGCAUUUACACUAUAGGUUAUAUCCUAGCAGCGAGGUACCUACAGAUACUGAGGGCAUGACCAACUGGCUCUACGACAGGUUUAUAGAAAAAGACAAGAUGUUAGAAGAGUUCUACCGCACGGGCAGUUUCCCCUCAGGUUCUAAUACCAACGUCUGCAGAACUGUCAGACAGGACAACCUUAGGUAUCUGAUUCUCCACCUCUUCUUCAUAGCAUCUACCUUCAUCCAGUACAAGAUGUUCUGUGGGUUACUUGAGCUUGUCUGGUAACAAAUUUGAAGUUGGUUAGUCGUGAAACAAUUUUGUAUCUUUUGAUAAAUCUCUAGCUACCGUUUUGUGUUUAAUAGUCUUAGUUACGAUGAUAUCAUUUCUAGAUUUUAUAAUAAUAUGCAUUUCUUAAUUUAUACGUUCUGGACCAGUUUUAGUCGUAUUUUCUUCAUUAGUGUCAUUGUUAGUGUAUGAUAGUCGUAGAGAAUUGCUAAAUGGAACAACAAAAACUCUUUCUACCUCAAUUAAACUUACAAGCCCUCUUUCCUGAAGUGUAGAACCUGUAUUGUUAAUGUAUCAUUAGCACCAGUGAUAAUAAUUUAGUAAGUUAUAUUCGAUCAUAGACAUUUCUUCUCAAAUUAUGAUUUCACGACUAACCAACAAUAGUUUUCAUUGAAGAUGGAGUUAGCAGCAAUGGUUCUAAUGCUUUAUACCCAUUGAUUGUUUUGCUUCCUACGUUUUUUUUUAUAUUUUUUUUUUUUUUUUUUUUUUUCAAUUUACAUCAAUAACUUUGCAUAUCUUUAACAUAGUAACGCAUUUAGUCUAUGAUAAAUUUCACUUUUUUUACUUGGUAUGCUUAAGUUACUAUGGUAGGAUUUGAAGUCCUGCAGCUUACUUUGCCAUAGCAAAAACAAUCAAUGGUGAAAGCAAAUUUUGCACUCAUUCUAAGGUGCGUGGCGAAGUACAUUUUUUAUUUUAAUUUCUUUUCCUAGGCUUAGUUUUUUGUUACGUUACCUCGUUGACAUAUCGCGACGGCUUAGUUGGUGCCGGUUUUGGCGCGGUGUUUAGGUUAGUGUAAGUUCACUUUCUAAUUGUGAGUGCCGUGAAGCGAUACACGAUCAGUUUUAUAUUGUUCUACGGAAUUUGUUACAUCUGUUUCCUGAUCGCUUUGAAUUUUAGCCUUAUUCUAAACGGGGUUGACAUCAAAGUUGAAUGCAGAACGUUUCUUUAUAACUGCUUUGCUUUGGAAACUACCCAAGUUUUUUGAACAUGAAUCUAUAUCCCCUUUAUUAUUACUUAUCACAUCUGUAGUACUUAAUAAUGCACCCGAUAUUUUAACUUUGGACUCGAUUUAUGUACUGUCCUUAAGCUGAUCGUGUGUACUGUGCUUUUCGGUGUAGGUAUGUGUUAAUCAAAGCGUGCUGUGACAUACAAGUCAAUAUAUAAGUAAUUCUAACAUAGGUAUUGUGCUUGCGUCGAACCAAAUUUUGAUCCCUUGUGACAAUAAAAAAUGUUACCCUCCUAUGCAGUCGGAUAGGAAAUAGUCGAGCCCUUUUUAUCUUUCACCUUCACUUCCAAAUUCUAUUUAAUCAGAUUCGCUUCGAAGUUUGGAUUCUUAUAAUGGAAUUCUUUUUGGAAUUGCCCGUCAAUUCUUGAUUGGAAUUCUGAAUAGUUAGGUACUCUCCAGUUACGGUGCUUAUGGAAUUAUCAAUUAUUCAAUGACGUGUGUAAGUAAAGUCUUAUGUAAGUAGAAUUAGGUGCUAUUUUCCAACAAAAGUGUAAAGUUUUAUGAGAUUUCCUUUACAAGAGACUAUCAUUACCAGCAUUUAAGUUUAUGACUCAUAAAGAUCCUCCUCCUUUUUUGAAGUCGGUUAACAAAACUACCUAUUAUUUUAUAUCUGCAUCUUCAGUGAAUGAUUCUAAGUGAAAUAUUACAUAUACAGGUACAUUUUCUUUACUGCACACGUUUAAUUAUUUUUCAAAGCAGAUUGUCUUUUUUAUGAUUUUAGAGUCGGGGCCAUACAUGUGAACUUUAAACUAGAACUAUCAUUUACAGAAAAAUCAUCGUAACUGGAUAGAAAAAUAAGGUUUCACCAAACCUCUAUCAAUGUCUAAAUUAGAAUUAAGUCACUGUAACACUAAGAAUUAAAAAUAAGAAGUGCGUUUUUUUAUCGUUCCUUUACAUGAAUAUUGUAAUGUACAGUUAUUCAGAUGUGUAUAAAUGGUGUAGUUUUGUGGUGGAACAUAAAUACAAGAUAAUGCCAAACAUAUUUGCCGCAAGUGCCUAGGCUUAUUGGUUCGUUAAAGGCUUACCUUUAAUUUGAGAAUUAGCAAAUAACUAGGGGUCGAUUCUUAUGCUAUAAAUAUUUAAGACUUUUUCAAAAAUUUAAAUUGUUUAAAAUUUGCCGGAUAUUGUACCUACUUGAAUGUUAUAAACGGUGGUUCCAUUCUACACAGUAAGCCUUCUAUCUGGGAGCUGAUUACAAUCCCUGACGCCUCAUGUGAUUUUUUAACACAAGUGUUCGAAAACCUAAAAAAUUGUUUAAAAAAAUCAGCGUGAUGCCUAUGGUGAAAUAAGAAUUAAUGAAAAUUGUCUUUAAAAUAUAAACAAAAGGUUUAGUAAUCUAUAAAUGCGAUUAUACCAUGUACCUUUUUAUUUACGAGUAUACCUACUAAUUUCAGAUUGGAAGCCAUCGUCUUUAUUAGUGAUAUUUAUAGUUAACAAUUUUAUUUAUCGGCUGAGAAUCGGCCCCCAGAAACGAGUGAAAAUACAAAACGGUUGGAUGUUGUGAGAGUUUACUCAUAGAUGUUUGUAAAAAGUGAACGCUUUCAAAGUGUGUAAAAAUUAUAUUAAAUAAUAUAAUAAUAAACAAAUUGUAAUAAUAAUAAGCUAUACCUAAGGACCCGUACUAUGUAUACGUGGAGUUUGAUGCGGAGCCUGAUGCCUGUUUCAGUUCUUACUGAUAAAGUGACUGAUAGCUUACGAGGAACUUAUCUGUCAGAUAAAAUACUAAGUCUUGGUCACAGAUAUCUGGCAGAUAGUCACUGGUAAUCUUCAACCUUCUUUAUCAGGAAAUACCUGAAAACUUAAAUUGACUUUUGCAACAAAGUCCGCAUAUGCAUGUAUGAAUUGUAGUAAAAUUUUCGAUCACAUUCUGGCGUAUUAUAAGGAAAUAUAUUAUUAAAAUUGUAAAUCAAUAGGAGUAAAAUAUUUUUAAAUAUGGGUUCGUUUUAGAAAUUCCGUAGAAACGUGAUGAAUUUAUCACAUCCGACCAAGUUCCUUUUUUGUCCAAAACUUGUGCCUUUUUCAAUGAAAGUAGCUUUUUAACCGUUUUCGUGCAUUCCAAUUAGAGGAAUAAUUUAAAACAGUUCUUAGAUUUUUCUGUAAAUAACAUUUUACCUAUAAAACACUCUGUACUCACAUAAUCUUUGAUACUUUUAUCAUAAAAUUAACACAGAAUAUUUAGCGUGUAUAUUUUAGCACAGAACAUCUAUCACACACAGACUAAAAAUUUUGUUUCCAUUAAAAAUCAUUUCCAUCAGAUGUAAAAAAAUGAAAUUUUAUGUCAAAGCAGGGAUUUAAAAAUGUGUAACCAAUACAAAAUAUUGAUUAAUGCAUUAAUUAAAAUUAAAAAUAAUUGUAAGUACCUAAUUGAAUGAAUUUGAGUGAGAAUUAUUGAACAUUUGAUGUCAUUAUCAUAUUAAGUGUAUAGUGAUGUAAUGUCACGAUUAAAUUAACGAUUUUUUUUCUAUACAUCAUUGAGUUUGGUAUGUACUAGAAUGAGUGACUACUUUUAAGUUGUUAUUUUCUUUUACUUUGAGUUAAGUUUGUCAUUUUAAACCUAAGUUGUAGCAGACUUUUGUUAUGCUUUCAGUGGUAGGUAUGUACAUUAACGAGCUGUGCGUUUUUUUAUUUGCUUUUAGUUUUAAUUGCUUAUGUCGAUAUUGUCAAAUGGCAUGAAAUGUCAGUUUUUGACAACGGUAUUACCAUUUUGACAGCAAAUGACGCUUUCGACUCAGAUCUUAGACGUUUGAUGUUCAAAUACUUAAAAGAUAUAACUAGGACCAUUUUAGACAUAUAAAAAUAGUGACACCAGUGAUUCGCGUGCUUUUCACAAUAUCGCGAUGUGUUUAAACAAGUCAGUUUCUAUGACAUAAGAAAAACAGAUAAUAAUUCUGUCAAAUGUGUAAAAAAAAUCUUACGUCUACGGUCUUAUAAAGCUAUUGAAGUCAAUGCGAUGCUGUUGUACCCACUAUGAGCUAUAUUAGUUUAUAUGUUGUUAAACACUGGAUUUUGUAUGUGAUCCUUUAAACAGUGAUGAAGGUUCGGUAUCCUUAGUAAACGAGUGUGAUAGGAAAUAUAAAUCAUUGAUACAGUCAUAGCAAAUAGUGGAAAUUUCAAUGCUAAAUGUAAAAAAUCAAAAUUAAUAUAAAUAGGAAUUAGGUUAAUAUUAAAAUACGAAUUUAUUAAUACAUAGCCAUCUAUAAUAUAAUUUCUUUACUUACAAAAUUUCUGAAAUACUCUAACACACUAAUAUUUCCAUUUCCAUUACUCAAUAGAAAUCCCAUUUUUAUUUUUGGUUUUAAAGUUAAUUUCAAAAUAUUUACUAAUAAUUAUGUAAGUUUUUUUAAGUUGUUCCAUUUUUACGCUGACUGUAUCAGAAUCAUUAAUUUGGAAAUUGCCAAUUAUGUUACUGUCUCAUAUAAAUUGAUUGUGUUUACAUUUUUGGCCAUUUCUGAUUGGAUGAAACUUUAGUUAGAAUGUUUUUGAAACAAAAUUAAAUGUUAAUCAUUAGCCAGAUCGUGUCAAUGUCGGUCUAAGUCCUAAAUGUAUUUUUAAUGUUGCAACAUCAAUUAAUUUCCCAACGUGUUUUCAAUUAAGUAGGUAUUCAGCGAAUCAGAAAUCAGAUAUUUCUGAAAAUCGGCCCCGACUCAAAUAUCUGUAUUUUCUUUGAUAUUCGGUGGAAAUAAUCGGAUAAUGUGUGUUUACCAUUUUAUACUUGAAGUAUUUUGAUCCGAUUGAUCCGAAUUGUAUGCGUGUUUAUCAAAACAUUUUUUGUGUUAAUUGAUCUAUUCACAUCAUGCGCGUGGAUUUUGGUAUAAUUGGAGAAAAAUCGUAUAGAUAGGUACUUAAUUAAAAUAUCAUACUUUCAGGAUAUAAUUUCGCAUAUAAAUAAUCCGUUCUCAUGAUGUGUGUAGAGUUUUAGGUGUGAAAUCAAACGGCAUCAAGAUUUGGCACUUACUUAGAUACUUUAUUCUACUACUUUAUAGUUAGGAGAUCAUUCUAGUCAGACUAGGCGUAUUCCUACAUUUUUUACCUACAUUUUCCAAUAAACCAUUGUAUAAACGCAUCUGGAUCAUUUUAAAAAACUUUAUUAAUUAUUUCACUUCGACGCACCAAUUUUUUGAAAUAAAAUUUUAUGUAGGCAUUAAACUUGCGUUUCAAAGGAGUGCGCCUUCUGUACUUGUGUCAUGCUAAUGUUACUCUUUGGCCAGUUUCGAUGCCGUUUGGGCCUGCAUUCGCUUAGCUGUACAUAUUAUACUUACGGACAUGUCCACUGUUUGUCAAUAAAGCACGUUUGUGGCACUUAA